ACGAACACCUCCCUUGUGACGACAUGUAUGUGCGACAGAGUUUUUCUCUCUGCAGAAGAAGAUUCACGUGUUUCUUCUCCGUGUGCCUUAAAUUUUAUAAAGUAGAAUAAUCCUUGAGAUUUGUACUUUUGUUUUCAAUCGAUAGUUUCUUCAGAAUGAGUUCUCAGAUCACGUGCGUGGGCUGGGUGAGGCGUGGCGUUGCCAAGGAAACUCCUGACAAAGUUGAGUUAAGCCAAGAUGAGCUUCAGCGAAUCAUCACCGAGGCAAAAGAAGAACUGGGGGAUCUUGCAGCUGAAGAUGGAGAAGACGACGAUGAUGAAGGAAUGCCUCCUGAUCCAAACCCCGUCAAUGAAACCCCUGUUGCAGCUGAAAGUCCAAAUGAUGACCAUGACGAAGGAGUUGAGGAAGACGAUGAGCUAGCCGAGUACGGCCUUGACAAAUACGAUGAAGAGGAUGCAGCUACCGCUAAUCUUGGUGACAGUCUGGCCGGCCUCACAGUGUUCUGCUCAAAUCAGGAAGAUCCUUACAUUACCAUCAAAGAUACAGACCAAUAUGAGCGAGAAGACUUCCAAAUUAAACCCUCUGACAACCUGAUCCUGGCAGGAAAAGCAGAGAAAGACUGCUGCAAUUUAGAUAUUUAUGUUUACAACUCUGAGGAGGACUCUCUUUACGUCCACCAUGACAUCCUGCUGCCAGCGUAUCCUCUGUGUGUGGAGUGGCUGAACUUUGAUCCAAACCCUGAAGAAAGACGAGCUAACUACGUUGCCGUGGGCAACAUGACCCCUCAAAUUGAUGUGUGGGAUCUGGAUGUCGUGGACUGUUUAGAGCCUGUUUUCUCUCUGGGGAGCAAAAAAGCCUCCAAGAAGAAGAAGAAGAGCAAGAAAGCUGCAGCUGCAGAGCCCGUCGAGGGCCACACGGAUGCAGUGCUUGAUUUAUCUUGGAACAAGUUGGUCAAGAACGUGAUCGCGAGCGGAUCUGCAGACGACACCGUUGUUUUGUGGGAUUUGACUCACUGCAAACCAGCCACAACUCUCCGUCGACACACUGAUAAGGUUCAAACAUUGGCUUUCCACCCAUUUGAGGCUCAGAGUUUAAUAUCAGGGUCUUACGACAAAACAGCAGUCCUUUACGACUGUCGGAGUCCAGACAGUAGCCAUCGGACCUGGAGGUUCAGCGGUCAAGUGGAGCGUCUUGUCUGGAACCACUUCUCACCCUGCAACUUCCUGGCGAGCACAGAUGAUGGUUUUGUCUACUGUUUGGACGCACGUUCCGACAAACCAGUGUUCUCACUCAAGGCCCACGAUGAAGAAGUUUCAGGCCUGGACCUCAGCAGCCAGAUUAAAGGAUGUCUCGUCACGGCCUCAGCUGAUAAACAUGUUAAAGUUUGGGAUAUUUUAGGCAACAAACCCAACUUGGUGCACUCGAGGGAUAUGAAAAUGGGAGUGCUGUUCUGUUCUUCGUGUUGCCCUGACCUGCCCUUCGUCUACGCCUUUGGGGGGCAGAGGGACGGCUUACGAGUUUGGGAUAUUAGUGAUGUUGCAACUGUGGCCGAAGUGUUUAACAGUCGGGAGCGAUUAGUGGUGAACACAGGACCACAGGCCUCCAGCUCUGCAGCCACUACAGACAUGGAGGUAUCCUAGCAACGCUCCGGAGGGGCAGCCGCCUUCAGCAUCCACAUAUGAGCAGAUUGAGUUACAGAGAAAAUUCACUUUGCAUCCUUUCCAUGGAAGAAGAAUCCCUUGAACAAACUGUGCUCUGGUUGACCAACAUUAUACUUUUCAAAACCCUUUGAGGAUGGAAACCGUACUUAGAAAAGCAAAGAAAUUGUAUCUCUAUUGUCAAAUAUUUGCGAAUUAGUGACUCUUUGGUGUAAUAUAGUGAUCAUAUUAUUCCUUUCUUUUUUGAAUUUAAUUAUUUGACCUAUAUGUUGACAAUGUCAGAUACUCUUAGGCUAAUUUUGAAGCACACUCACAUGGAUUCAAAACAUUUACAACUAUAUUGUAUUUUAAAAAGGUAAUGGAAUAUUAAAAAUAUGUAAAAACAA